CAGGAUCUGGUUUUAAUCAGAUUGUGUUCAUAUAUGAGACAUUUUGAACAUGAUAAUACUUAUUUGUAUUACAUGUAAGUACCACCGUGUAUCCUAAUGCAAAACAGUCAGAAAUACACACAGAAAAAAUAAAAUAAAAAAUAUAUACAUGUACAGAACAACACUACAUGUAAUAAUAGUAAAGGUAGUAUAAGUACAUAUGAUUAACUCCACUGUAAUGCAAAAGAUACCACGGGACGGUGCAUUGGUACUAGAUCAACAUGUCAUGUUUAUAAUGAGUGCAUAUGUGCAAUAUGGUUUCAUAUGGUUCAUACAUGUAUAAUAUACAGCAAUACUAGUAGUAUGAGCUUAGACAAUGUACAUAACAUGAGACUAGUAGUAUGAGCUUAUACAAUGUACAUAACAUGAGACUAGUAGUAUGAGCUUAGACAAUGUACAUAACAUGAGACUAGUAGUAUGAGCUUAGACAAUGUACAUAACAUGAGACAUUACUUGAUGUAAUAUAUGCAAGUACCAUCGUGUAUCCUAAUGCAAAACAGUCAGAAAUGCACACAGGAAGAAAAUAAUAACAAUAUAUGCAAUGACACAUAAUAAUAGUAAAAGACACGUAGUACAAGUACAUAUGAUUGACUGUAUACAUAACGAGUUAAUUUUUUGGGAGUACUUUCUCAAAAUUUUGCACUCUGAUGUGUAGCUGAGUUUUACUUGCAAGUUAUUUAAGAGAUUUAAAGUAGGUCAAUGAACCUAACAUUUACAGCGCAAAAUAAUCUAUUUUUAUAAACGGUGUUUUCCAUCACUUGAGGUCGGGGAAAUUCAAUAGGGGGAAUUCCAACGUAUGUUGUGAACUUUACAAAGAUGACCUGCUUACCUUCCUAAGGACAGCACAUACUGAAUCAGAAACAUGGCGGAUGAAAACCCACAAUUGCAGUCUAUUUUGGUCUUUCUCGUGAAUAUAUCCAGUAAGAUCGAUAAAAUAGAACGUGAUAUCUGCGCAUUAAGAGGAGAGAGAACGCAGAAUGACCCACGAUUACAGCAAGGUCAGGAAGAAUCUACGGAACAGCCAAACCCGGACGAGAAGACGGAAGACGGAAACAAAGUCGACAUCAAGGGAAGAAACAGCGCAUCGGGUAGAACAGUUAUGUUCGGAUCACGUGGAUCUGAAGACGGUAUAAGCGGAAGUGAAGAUAUUCAUCGGGAAUGUCUUCAGGAAAACCUCCAACUUAUGUCGGACAACAUGGUGUUAAAACGCGUCGUGUUAUUAGACGAACUGGUGGAAAAUGGCUGUCUAACCGAAAACGAGACUGCUGACAUUCUUGAAUUCGAGAAGAGAAAGGACCAAACUAGAAAACUUGCGGUAACCAUCAGCAAACGAAGCCGAGAAAAGUUUAGCUUGUUUUUGGAGGUAUUGAAAAGAUCAGAAAAUUACCCGUGCAUUGCAGACCAGAUGGAGGAAUCUUACAAUAUCAAAGUGGAGGAAAGCAGAAGAAAACGGGAAUGCAUUCAAUGCUACAUGGUCCGCAACGUUGACUUGCGAGACAUCUUAGAUUUAUUAUGUUCCCAAUUUGUUGUUGAUCUCGAGUUUGUCAACGAUGUGAUAUCAUGUGAAAACAGAAAUACUGCAAGAAAGGAGAGCCUUUGGAAGCAUUUAUUUGACAUACUAAAUACCUCUGCAGAUGCAGGCAGAUAUAGAAAAGUAUUCAAGGAAUCCCUCGGAAGGAAAUACGAUCACAUCGCUGUCAAAUUGUCGGCGAAGAAUAAGAUAAGAUGUAGGUGUAAAGCUACUGAAGCAAAGAAAAUUGUACGAAUUGAAAAUAUGUCUUGGCCGAGUGGUAGUGUUACAACGGACGAGAGAAGCACCACUUCGACAGCUAUCAGACAAAAGCUUCAUCCGGGUACCCUAUCUGCGUUUAGUGCCAUUUCUGAAAGCGUCUCAGAUGUUAGCAACGACGGUUUGUCAUGCAAUAUACCACGCACUAUCGAGUGGCUGGAGAGCGUACAAACGGAACAGGAAGAGUUUCCUAUAUGUGAAUGCAAAUCCGAUAUUAGCAAUUCCAUGGACCAUGACCAUUCGGACAUACCUUUGAUUGCCCUUCCAAAAGAAAGGAGCCGUUAACUUGCGGCGAUUGGUGACGGCCUUCUCAUGGAAGCAGGGAUAGAGGCAAGCAUAGAAGAACAACACAAGAGAAGCCUGUAUGUCGAUAGUGGUAACGCUUUAGAUACCACAGCUCAGGUGCAUAUGGAAACUGUACAAACAGGAGCAAGUAAGAAAGAAAGAAAAUCAGCAAAGAAGAAAAAGAAAAAACGGAAGAGAACCCAAUCUGAACCGGUCGCAAAAUUACAGGAAGAGGAAAACGAAGUCGACUCAAAGAUGAUGUCUAGGUCAUUGUCUCAGGGUUCUGUGCAAACUAAACGCACGAUUGGGGAUCGUCUUUUCAUCAACAUUCCAACCAUUGACAAUACGGAGGACUGUGCUAUAAAACCUUGUUGUGAAACCUCUACAGAGAACAGGUCUCAAAUGGACCCCAAAGUAUUAACACCACCACGACAAGUAUCUUCUUUAACGAAGGUCGGAUGCUGCAAUAAACGUGGAAAUAACAAAAAGAAGAAAAUGAAACAUAGUUGACAAUUUAGCUGAUUGAUUGAUUUUAUAUUGCUUAACGUCCCUCUCGAGAAUACAAUUUAGCUGAAGACAAAACUAAUUGAUCAUGAAACUAGGAGAGACCCAGUUGACAACAAAAAUAACGGAUUCGGAACAUCCGUUGCAAUAUAAAGUUCCGUUACAUACGUCUUUUUUUAGGUGACCUGUUGCAAUUGUCUGCGUCCGUCGUCGUGCGUAACUUUCUUUCUGAUAACUAUCAUUCAAAUUCUUUUCAAAUUUGAUAUGAAGCAUCUUUGGGACAAGGAGGCAUCAAUUGUAAAUACCAGGACGCCUGCACCCCUGGGGCCUUAAAGGGGCAUGGACCCGAUUUGAGCUGAACAUUUUCAAAUUAUAUUUUUCCAUUUUUAAUGUUUAGAAUAUUUAACUAAAUUAUUUAUAAUGGUCAGCAAAAAUUUGAAUGUCAGUUGUCAAGGUACAUGGGAGAUGCAGAGCUCACAAAUCUUUGUUAUGUAAACAAGGAUCGUGCCAUGCCUUUGAUUAAAUAGGGUAAAUAUACUCGUAAAAGUUCGUUUAAAACAGAUUUUGUCAAUUUACAAGUUAAUUCUGAGCACAAUUAAAUAUUUUCUAGUGUUUGGCACAUCUCAUUUUGUUUAAAACAUGCUGUUUUCUAUUAAGUAAUCUAUAUGUAAACAAAACAUGGCACGAGCCUUGUUUACAUGACAAAGAAUUGUGAGUGUUGUAUCUCACAUGUAACUGAACAACUGAUAUUCAAAUUUUGGUUGACCAUUCGAAAUACUUUAGCUAAGCAUAGUAAACAAUAAAGAUGGAAAAAUAAAAUUUUGAAAAUUAGAGUUAAAAUCGUGUCUAUGCCCCUUUGAGGGCAAGGAAAAACUGCCAAAAAUUAAACAUUUUUUCAAAUAUCUUCUCUACAACCACACGUGUAAGAAAAGCUAAAAGCAUAGUGAUGUAGAUCACAAAAGCCUAUACCGAAAUUGUAAACUUCAUGAUCCCAGGAAUAUAGUUUCUGACUCCAGGACGAGGCCAAACUAAGUGUGUGGUGUUUAUGUGUAAAAUAUUUUUAAAAAAUCUUUAAUGCUAUUGAUAUUAGAUUGAAACUAAAUGGGUAUUUAGAAUGAGCAGGUAGCUCUUUACCAAAAUUGCAAAUUUCAUGAUCCUAAGGGGAAAGGGUUUCUGUCGGUUCCAGGGUGGAGGCAAAAUUAUUAGAGUGAUUAUUGCCUUUGCCAUUGGUAAGACAUCUUUUAAAUUUGCUGAUACAGUAUAAAAACUAAAUGUAUGUUUAGGAAAAGCACAAAAGGAUGUACCCAAAUUGUAAAUUUCGCAUCCCUUGGACGGGUCCAAAUUAGUCAUAUUGUGUUAAUGUUGCAUGUAUUGUAUCACGUAAGGCCUUUCAUCAGUAUAGGCACUUUCGAGGGCAUUUAAGACCAAAUUUUGUUUUAUACUGCUGCUGAAUAUUAAAAUUUAGCUUAGCUAUUCAGAA